AAACAAAAUACAAUUGAACAAUUUAUAAUUGCUAAACAAGAAGGUGAUGAUCUUAUUAAACAAAAUUUAGAUGCUCUUGCUAAGAAUCAAUUUGAUAUGAAAAAAGACGUUAUUCAUCAUGGUUUAUUUAUUGAUCGUCAUGAAAAUUUGUUUAUGAACUUAUUUUUACCUAUGUUUCAAGAUGUUUUUACAUUUAUUUCAUCAUUAAAUAAAGAUAAGAAGGGUAAUACAUUGGAUGCUGAUUUAAAAGAUAAAUUAGAAUGUUACAUUAUACAAAUGAAUAAAGUUAAAGAAGGUAAAAGUAUUACAACAUAA